CCGGCCUCGGUUUGACGAAUUGACGCGUGCUAUCUCCUGCUAAUAUCCUGUCUUUGCGCAUUUGGUUCCCUUACGUGCCUCCGAGUUUUUACGAUACCCGUGCGAUCCUUUAGUCCCCAUUCUGCGAUUUAACCAAGUUUCCCCCCCUCAGACUCCAUUUGGCGCAUUCUUACGUGCUUGGUUGAUUGCCUCUCUUCUACUUCGCCUUACUUGUUCUGAACCUUUGAAAUUUGAGAGUCCCGCGAUUCCCGGCUCCCUUUCGACUACAUACUCUGACUGGUCGGGUUUGAUCAACGAUGGAUACACUACUAACGGCGGAGAUUGUUGCAAAUUCCCCGCGUUUUCGACGCAGAUCGUCCACCUUUGUCGAUGCGAUCCAUGACCUACCAGAGAAAUCCGAGUUAGCACCGGCUCAGUUAUACAGCACAGAGUCGGGUCGACUUUUCCACUCGGGUCGGAUCGUUAUUAUCACAGUUGGACUUCCAGCAAGGGGGAAAACACACAUAUCUGUCGCUUUGGCGCGCUAUCUUCGAUGGUUAGUGGGAAUUACCCUUUGCCCUGCCGAAUAUUCCACCUUUGGCAUUUUAUGCGUAUGACUUCCAGAUUGACCGCACUAUUUAGGCUAGGGGUCAAAACUAGAAUUUUCCACCUUGGCGAUUAUAGACGUGCUACGAUCCCUGUUGGCCAAGACAUACCGGAUGAUUACUUUUUCGUUAAUGCGUCCGCAUCAUCUGUGCUGCUAAGACAGAAAAUCGUGAAAAAAUGUCGAGAGGAUAUCUAUCAUUUUUUGAACCAUGAAAAUGGACAAAUAGCCAUAUACGAUGCUGUUAAUCCCUUGGCCUCUGGAAGGAAAUCGCUUGCGAAUGAGUUUGCAAAGCAUGACAUUGAAACACUCUUUAUCGAGUCAUGGUGUGAUGAUGAACGGAUCAUUGAAGAGAACGUCCGCAGGGUGAAGAUUUCUUCUCCAGACUAUGUGGGAUGGGACCCAGAUGAUGCAGUGAAACAGUAUUUAGCCCGGAUCUCGGCCCGCAUUCCUCAUUUUCAGACGAUAGAGGAGAAAGAUUUGAAUUACAUCAAGAUGAUAAAUGCAGGAGAGCGACUGAUAAUAAACAACCGCAGUUUUGGAUAUCUUUCUAAUCGCAUAGUGUUUUACCUUCUUAAUCUUCACAUCAAAUCUAGACAUACGUAUUUUGCGCGGGCCGGUGUAUCUCCUGAAACAUCUUACAAAUCCGAUGCUUCCUUGUCUGAGAAAGGGAAUGAUUAUGCCAAGAAAAUGACAGAAUGCUUGUUGCGACAUAGGGAGGCUGUGAAACAGUCGGUGAUUGACCAAGGAGACACGGACUAUGAACUGAAACCUUUGACAGUAUGGACAUCUACAAGGCGCAGAACAGUCGAGACCGCCAAGUAUCUUCAUGAGCAGGGCUAUAAGGUUCGCCAUAGAUCACAAAUGAGCCAGCUAAAUCCCGGCGUGUGCGAAAAUAUGUCAGAGAGCAAAAUUCGGGAAGAAUACCCCGAAGAAGUUGCGAAACACGAACUUGAUCCCUACCACCACCGAUACCCCCGCGGAGAGUCGUAUCAUGAUCUUGCUGUGAGGCUCGAACCCAUAAUUCUGGAGUUGGAGCGAGAACGGAAUGAUCUACUUAUUAUUGCACACGAAAGUGUCUUACGGGUAUUGUAUGGUUACCUGAUGGCCUGCAAUUCCGCAGACAUUCCCUUUUUACAAUUCCCCAGAAAUGAGAUCAUCGAGAUUAUACCUGAGAGCUAUCAAAACGAGGCGAGACGGAUCAAGAUCCCCGACCUUCCAGAGGAGAUUCUCCCCCCUUCACCCGAAGAUAUCAAGAUCCAAGUGCCUUCUAGCGGGACAGUGACUCCCUCGUUGGGGUUAGGAAGUCCAGCGGGCGGAUCAACGACGCCAAUCACACCGCAAAGUGGUAUCCGAACCCCUCGCGAGCCGGAAAGGAUCUCACAGCAGCAUGUAGAAGAUGUGGUAUAACUGUACUUUCCACGGCCGAACAAAACAUAUCGUUUUAGAUAAAAUACCCAACUGAAUCAAGGCAUCUUGCUGUUCCAUCUCUGUAAUUUCGAUGCCGUAAGAUAGGCUAGAUCGGCAUGUAGGAUUGUUCUCAAAAGAUUGCUUAACCCCCAUGCAGUGUAGAAACGAAUACUAUGUUAUCGCCUUGUUGGAGUUCAUACUUCUCCUCGCCCUCAAGUUCCCAAUCCGCAUCAUUGAUAAGAACAAGAAUGCCAGGCCGCCUGCCAUCUUUCAUCAGCAUUGAUUUUCCAGAAGCCGGCUUCCAUCACCUACACAUUUCCCUCCAACACGAAGAGUUCCCUUCUCUGGUCCUUCAUGACGUUAUCGAUAAGGUAUUGAAGCAAAUAGGUGAUAUUCGGCCGGAUUCCAUUAUGUAGUUGUGCAGGUAGUGAAACAUUGUGUGUGCGCUCAUUAGAGAACAGCAAUUCUAACCCUCCACUGUUGCAGCAGGUUAGCAUUGUACCUUGGGAGUAACAAUACAUUGGAAAGAGGACGAACGUGAACUCAACAGUGAUAGAAAUGAGGUCAGAUGUAUUAUUCCCUGCCACAAGAGAAUCGGAUAAUACUUGAGAAGCCAUACUGGUGUUCUGAGGGCCAAAUUGCUGGAUGAUUGCGCGGCGCAGAGAAGUUCUGUCUGUCUGGCAAGAGGGGAAUUCCUGAUUCGUGCUUAUCGAUAACUUUAACUUGCCAGAUCAGAAAAAAAGAAAAGCUCAAGAAGAACGUGAAACUUUCAAUCCCAGCACAUCUCCUGUUCCUUAUACAGGCAAAUAUCAACUUGUCCAAUAUACGAGAUUUUAGCGGAAAGUUCCUUUGAGUUGGUAUUGAUGGUGUCCGUCACGACCGAGUACAUUAGUGUUGGGGGGAACAGGCACUCGGCCGCUGCGGAUUGGGAUGUUCAGUCAGGCAUCCUCGCGUUUGGUGCAGACAAUAAUAUCGCCCUAUGGGAUCCCAGGGACACUUCCCACCAUGGAGUCUACUCUCUGCUAUCUGGACACGCCGACAAGGUCACUGCUGUCAGAUUUCACAGAUGUCCCUCGACUGGUACGAGCGUUCUUCUAACUGGAUCUGUGGAUCGAACGAUACGACUAUGGCGAUCAGACCCAGAUAACGCUCGUCGGUUCACGCAUGCGUGCACUCUCGAAGGCCACGAGGGCUCGAUCAACACAAUAGCUGUAGCCGACGGCACAGAUAUCUUUGCUUCAGGAGCAGCGGAUGGAACGGUUAAGGUCUGGAGGCUUACGCUACGAGAAAGUAGUGCUGGGGAGCCGUUGAAGACAAUAUCCAUGAAACCACGUUUUUUCCCGUUGGCUUUGUCUCUGAAGCGACUUCAGACAUCUGAGGAUGACCAGUCUAUGUUGUUAGCUGUCGCAGGCACUACGAAUGUUGUGCAGAUAUACGUUGCAGACAACCUGCUCGUCGAUGCUGACUUUAGACUUGGAGCAGCACUUACGGGCCAUGAAGGCUGGGUGAGGUCUUUGUCCUUUACGAUCGAUCGGCGAAGCAAGACUCACGACCUUCUACUUGCCUCUGCUAGCCAGGACAAGU